AGGACCCAGCUUCCGGCGUCCGUUGGGACGCUGCGGGGAUUUUUAUCCCGGCUGAGAGGAACCUGCGGCGAGCGUGGCUGGCUGGUUUUGCCGUCAGUGGGGGCGUUUCCUGAGGACGGCGGACGGAGUGUGGGGAAUGAAGGAUGGCAGCACGCCGUGCAUUAAAAGCUGUUUUGGUAGAUCUCAGUGGCACACUUCACAUUGAAGAUGCAGCUGUGCCAGGCGCACAGGAAGCUCUUAAAAGGUUACGUGGUGCUUCUGUAAUCGUUAGGUUUGUGACCAAUACGACCAAAGAGAGCAAGCAAGACCUGUUGGAAAGGUUGAGAAAAUUGGAAUUUGAUAUCUCUGAAAAUGAAAUAUUCACAUCUCUGACUGCAGCCAGAAGUUUACUAGAGCAGAAACAAGUCAGACCCAUGCUGCUAGUUGAUGAUCGGGCACUACCUGAUUUCAAAGGAAUACAAACAAGUGAUCCUAAUGCUGUGGUCAUAGGAUUGGCACCAGAACAUUUUCAUUAUCAAAUUCUGAAUCAAGCAUUCCGGUUACUCCUGGAUGGAGCACCUCUGAUAGCAAUCCACAAAGCCAGGUAUUACAAGAGGAAAGAUGGCUUAGCCCUGGGGCCUGGACCAUUUGUGACUGCUUUAGAGUAUGCCACAGAUACCAAAGCCACAGUCGUGGGGAAACCAGAGAAGACGUUCUUUUUGGAAGCAUUGCGAGGCACUGGCUGUGAACCUGAGGAGGCUGUCAUGAUAGGAGAUGAUUGCAGGGAUGAUGUUGGUGGGGCUCAGGAUGUUGGCAUGCUGGGCAUCUUAGUAAAGACUGAAACAAGAAAUGUAGAUGGAGCUACAAUUGAAUAAGAAGUAUGUGGUAAAGGUCUGUACAAAGAGUGAAAACACUGUCUGCUUGUGCCUGAGGCCUGAAUUGAACCAUUGGAGCCUUGCAGAUAUUAACACCAGUCACUCCAGAAUUAACACAGUGGGUUUUUUCGAAUGUCUCAGUCAAAAUGAUCACCUUCCCAGGAACAUAACAGCCCUGUGAUGUAAGCAGAAAAGAGGAAGAAUGAAAUAAAAUAUGGAAAAGUAGCCACACUCACCAGCCUCCAUGUAUCUUUCUUUUCAGAUUUCUGCCUUUUGCUGUUUUAUUUUCUCAUUAUUGAAGAAAUCCUGAGAUAACUAUUUUUGCUCUUGUGUAUUAUUCCCAUGAGUGUUUUUUUGUUUGUUUUUGUGUUUUUUUUUUUUUUUAGCUCAUGUAAUUAAGGAUUUACAGUGAGCUUCAAAAUGGUACCUCUGCCAGUGUCUUGAUGGGCCCAGCUCUCCCGGCUGGUCUCCACUGGCUCUGUCAUCUUUUCUGACUGUCAUUUGGUUGUGACCAGCCUUUCACAGGCAUCAGUUUAGUCUCUGAGAAGCCAUCAGCAUAACACAAUCAAGUCCAAAAUGUGUAAUUAGUAAAUCAACUAAGUACAGCUCUUGAAAACAGGCAUAUUUGUACCAUUGAUAUUUUGGUCAGAAAAAUCAUGAAUAACCCUACUGUUCUAAAAACGUGGAACAGCCAGCUCCAUUGAUAAAUUUUAACUCAGUGCAGUGGACAAGUGCUAGGCUUCCCAAUGUUGAAAAUAACCGUAUUUUAAUUAAUAUUCAAUAACAAGUGCUUUUUGUGGAUCAUCUUGAGCAAUUUUGUUUCUCAAGGGGUAGCACAAGGUAGAUGCUCAAUAUAAUUUGAUCAGUUAUUUGUUAAAUAUUUCUGACUAGUCCUAACCAGAAUUUGUUUAGCAUGUGAAACAGUCAUCUAGAAAAAAAAAAAAAGGAUCCUUCUUUGACUUCAUAUAUCAUCAACAUAGCAUCCUGUUUUCUCCCCCCGUUCAUCAUUUAUCCAUCCAUGAAAGCACAGGUUGCAGCAGUGAGUGAGUCAGCCAUGAGCAAUGCAGGGAGCUUCAUUCACUCGUGAAUGUUAUUGAGCCCCUGCUGUGUGCCAGGCACAGUGCUAGGUGCUAGAAAUAGAACAUACACCUAAACCACUUUUGUCAAUUUGUACUUUGUAGAAACCUCACUUGCAGAGCCACACUAAGCAAAAGCCUUUAACUCCAUGGCUAAGAAGCUUAUUUCUUUGUCCCUUAGACCACUGGAUCCAGAAAGUAGGUAAUAUAGUAAUAUUUAGUCAUUACUUACUUGUAAGAUGAAAUAGAAACCUUGUGAAGGAGUUUAUACUUAAUCAUAUUUAAGCUUGGGAAGAAAACUGGCAGUAGAGCUUGCUGCGGGGACCAUACUACGGACAGGUGCCUUCAGGGUGCUAACGAGAGUGAGGUAUAUAUUAAUUAAUUACCUUUGUACAUUUGAUGCUGGCUGCCUUCCUGUAAGAAGUUACAAUCAGUAAGAUAAGACAGGAAGCAUCUUCUCCACCAUGAUGCAAAGAUGUGGAAAAGAGAGUUUUUCAGGCUUUGUGUUUGUCUGGCAAAGCCUCUUAAAGAAGUAGUUGUAGAAAACAGCAUGUCUGUUGUUGAAAGAGCUGAGUUUAGGCAUAGAAAACUGGGAAGAGCAGAAGAAUCAAUAACAGAGACCACAAAGGGAUGAGAGAGCAAGGAGAAAGGUGAAGGGCAGAGGCAGCCCUGGUGGCUACAGGGCAGGAGCUGCAUUCUGCAUUUCCUCCCUCCCUCCCCUCUCUUCUUCCCUCCAUUCAGUCUUUAAAAAGAUAUUUACAGGGUGGUUACUAUGUGCUAGUCGCUAUGUUAGGUACUUGGAAUACACUGGGACAUAUAACAGAUAUAGUCCCUGCUCUCAAAUAACUUAGUCUUCUUAAAUGUAAGACAUGUUAAACAAAUAAAUGCAUGAUUACAAAUUGUUGUAAAUGUUCUGGAGGCAAAGAACAAGGUGAAUGACAAGGGAGGGGUUUUAAUUUGGAUGGGAAGGUAGGGUCUGACCUGAAGCAUGAAGGAGGUAGUCAGGUGAGAAGAAUGGAAUGACAAGGGAAUGGCAGGUAUGAAGGCCCUCAGAAAAGCCAAGUCCAGUCUGGAACUGCGGCCUGGUGAGCCAGUAGCACAUGUUUAGGUGAGAGGGUCGCUGGGACUGUAUGACAAAGGGCUUGGUAAGCAGCAGUAGAGAUUCUGGAUUCUUUCUGAAAGGCACUGGGACCCAUUAAAGGGUCUUUAAAUAGGGACCAUGCACCUUCUGACUUGCAAAAGCUCUUUGUGACCACUGUGGGAUGGUUCCUCUGCUGUGUUGAGGUGUUAAAUUGUGUGUCAGGUGCUAGAACAGCAGGCCAUCUUGAAUUCCAGGGUUGGGAGAGUCAGGCAGUGAGCCUGCUGCUUGAUGCCAAGUGGCCUGUCCUGCCUGGCCCCAGGCCUGCGAGCAUCCAUCAGUCUUUCCCUCCCCAACCCAGGGCCUUCUCAUCUGCCAGGCUCCCGGGCUGCCUGGAUCCCUGCGUGUCAGCAGCACAUCCUGUUCCCGGUCGCCAUUGGGAGCGGAUGAGUCCUCUGCCCUCUGGGAUCUGGGCUUCCACUUUGAAGAAUUAAUUUAAUCACCAACCUAUCUUUAGGGCUGAGGGUAGGGGAAAGAAAAUGAUUUCAUCAGCUGUGAAUAUGUGAAGAGAAUCUUAGCUGUCAGGCGACCCAGUACCUGUGGCCUAUCCAUUGUGAAUGACCAGAGGGCCUGGGGAAAGGCUGAAUGUGACAUUUCUUUGAAUUGCCUCGUUUACAUCCUGAAGCCUCAAUAAAAGGUGAUUUGGGA